AAUGAGCUAACCAAAGGCCGAGCUGUUGAAAGCAAGAAACGGCACAAAAAAUAACACAUUAUUCUGUGUCAUUCCUGAGUUUUUCGCAUCCAAUUCAACCCCUUGGCGUCGUUUCCUAAGUACACAUUCUCUCAAUUCAUAGAUCUCACAAUUUGGAUCUAUAAAGUUUUGAUCUUUGUUACCCCAGAAGAUCUGCUUCUCUUUAUUCCCAGCUGGGUUUGGCCUUGUACUAGUUUCUUCACUAUAGAAGAAACAUGUUCUUGUUCGAUUGGUUUUAUGGGGUUCUUGCAUCUCUGGGUUUAUGGCAAAAGGAGGCCAAGAUUCUGUUCUUGGGUCUCGACAAUGCGGGGAAGACAACGCUUCUUCACAUGUUGAAAGAUGAGAGGCUAGUGCAACACCAGCCGACCCAGCAUCCAACUUCUGAGGAGCUGAGUAUUGGGAAAAUCAAGUUCAAGGCUUUUGAUUUGGGUGGCCACCAGAUUGCUCGCCGAGUCUGGAAAGAUUAUUACGCUAAGGUUGAUGCAGUAGUUUACUUGGUGGAUGCUUUUGACAAGGAGAGGUUUGCUGAGUCAAAGAGAGAAUUGGAUGCCCUCCUAUCAGAUGAGGUGCUGGUGAAUGUUCCAUUCCUUGUGCUAGGCAACAAGAUUGAUAUCCCCUAUGCUGCUUCAGAAGAAGAGCUUCGUUACCAUCUCGGAUUGACCAAUUUCACUACAGGUAAAGGAAAGGUGAAUCUUACACAGUCCAACGUCCGCCCUCUUGAGGUCUUCAUGUGCAGCAUUGUUCGCAAGAUGGGUUACGGGGAUGGCUUCAAGUGGCUAUCUCAGUACAUCAAAUAGUAAGUAUCAGAAAGAUUUAGUAUGCAUCCCUGUAUUCUUUAGGACCUUUUGCUUCCAUUCAUGCAGUGUGAGACUGGGGUUUUUAAUUGACAAAGCAAAAUUUUAUUGUUUUUGUAACUCUGGUAUUGAGAGAAUUAACCAUCAAAAAAUUUGGUUUCAUGUUUGUUGGCCUAUAAGGAAAAGUGCCAUGCUAUGUCAUCUUAUGGCAAUUGCAAUAUGGCAAUAAAAAGGCACUUAUUAGUGCUGUGUCUAAUGUUUAGGGAUAUGCUAUACAAUGAGGAAUAAUUCUUCUCCAACUUC